UGUCUUGAACCUGAAGUAGUUCAAUUUUCUUUUGUGACGAUAAGAUUAUAGACACAUAGUGUCUCACAAUACCAACUAAGAAAGUGAUGACCACUAUUGGGAGAAAGACCCAGAAUCUAAUAUGAGGAUCUAGUAACAAUUCUGCCAUUAUUGUCACAAAAAUGUACCUAAAAAAUGUACAACUCCUCCUUCUUCUUCUUUUUUUAUAGCAAUCUAGUAUAUAAUGUACUCUAUGAUGACAAUUGGCAUGCUCAUGCACGGUCGGUUUGUGCGUUCAGCCAAUGUCAAUUUUUUUUUUUAAAUAAUUUUAUGUCUUGGAUGCUAUGUCAAAUUUAGUUUUUUUUUUUGGUUAAGUUCUCCCUUUUCAGGGAAGGCAAAGAGAACAAUGCCCAUACAGCCUAGUCUUAAAUUAAAUUAUUCUGUCCUUUUUUUACAUUAGAAUGUCGGUGUGACGCAUUCUAAUGUUUCUUGAAGUGUUUGGCACGAAAUAUAUCGAGCUGGCUUUUUCGAUAAGCUUCUGUGAGGUAGUCAAUACUACAAUAAAAUUCUCACGUCCACUUGACCGGAAUAGCGUAUAUUUUGAUGAUUAAUUCUUCAGUUACGCAGGCAGUUGUAACACAAAAUCACACCAAUUUUAUUUCACAAUAUCCACUAUGAACGAAUUUAAGAAUAAUUAAAAUAAGACGCCAACCACACUCCAUGAAAUCCCGCCAAAAACUCCUGUCAAAAGUUUCUAAUUCCUUUUUUUUUUAAUUAAGAUUCUCCCUUUUCAGAGAAGGCAAAGAGAAUAAUGCCCAUACAAGUUAUUUUAAUCUUUUUUUUACUUUAGAAUGUUGGUGUGACUCAUUCUAAUGUUACUUGGAGUGUUUGGCACGAAAUGUAUCGAUUUGGCUGUUCCGAUAAGCUUCUGUGAGAAAUAAUAUGCAUCGUGGGAAAAAACAAGGGUUAGCCAAAAUUCAAAAUAAAAAUUCAAAUGAUCUGGAAUCUAAUUAUGAAGAAACCGGUAAAGAUAAGAAUAUUUCAGAACCAACAGCAAGUAAGUUGCUUGCUUUAAAUGAAUUUAAGUUUCAAAAGAAACCACAUAUUACAAUAGAAUAUGAAAAGAAUUCUUGUGACAAAGAGGAUCAAGAGGAAAGAAAAGGACUGUGGGAACCACAAAACUGGAAGGAUUUUUUAGUAAACUUAAAGAUAAUGAGGUCAAAUAAUGAUGCGCCUGUGGACACUAUGGGUUGUCACAAGGCUAUGGAUGAGAACGCACCUCCAGAGGUGAUGCGGUAUCAAAGUCUUAUAGCUUUAAUGUUGUCGAGUCAAACCAAAGAUCAAGUGACAUUUGCAGCUAUGGAACGUCUCCGAGCAAAGGGUUUGACUGUAGACAAUGUGCUUGCAAUGAGUGAUGAGGAAUUGGGACAAUUGAUAUACCCUGUUGGAUUUUGGAAGACAAAGGUGAAAUACAUAAAGAAAACGACCCAAACAUUAAAAGAUCAAUACAAAGGAGAUAUACCAGAUUCUGCAGAUAAACUUUGCAAACUUACUGGUGUAGGCCCCAAGAUGGCUCAUAUCUGCAUGCAAGUUGCCUGGAAUAAAGUUACAGGAAUUGGGGUUGAUACUCAUGUGCAUAGAAUCAGCAACAGGAUUGGUUGGGUAAGAAAGCCCACUGCAACACCAGAAGACACCAGAAAAGCUCUACAAACAUGGUUACCUUUUGAGUUGUGGAGUGAAGUCAAUCAUCUUAUGGUAGGAUUUGGACAGACAAUAUGUUUGCCAAUUAACCCUAUCUGCAAUGAGUGCUUAAACAGAGAUAUUUGUCCAUCAAGUGGUCAAGGCAGAAAAUCACCUAAAAAGUCACCUAUCAAAACAGAACCAAAAUCAGUAACUAAUGAGAUUGAUAAUGCCCUACAACCUAAGAUUAGAAGUCCAAGAAAAAAAUUAGAGGUUGAUGUUAAAGAGGAACCCACCAUAAAAUCACAUGUGCAAAAGCAAUCUCCUCGAAUUAAAUAUGAAUCACAGUUAAGUAAAACUACUAAUAUCAAACCAGAAACUAUAAAGCAGAGGGAGGCUUCCAAAAGUCCAAGAAAUAAAUUAGAGGUUGAUGUUUGUAGGGAACUUCCUAAGAAAUCACCUGUCAAAAGGAAAUCUCCUCAAAACAAAGAUGAACAACUUGUUAAUACAGUUAUUGAUAGCAAACCAUUGAUAGAAACUAAAAAGCAAAGGGAGUCUUCUAAAAGUCCAAGAAAUAAAUUAGAGGUUGAUGUUUCUAGGCUACUUCCUAAGAAAUCACCUGUCAAAAGGAAAUCUCCUCAAAACAAAGAUGAACAACUUGUUAAUACAGUUAUUGAUAGCAAACCAUUGAUAGAAACUAAAAAGCAAAGGGAGUCUUCUAAAAGCCCAAGAAAUAAAUUAGAGGUUGAUGUUUGUACAGAACUUUCCAAGAAAUCACCUGUCAAAAGGAAAUCUCCUCGAAACAAAGAUGCGCAACAGCUUAAUACAAUUUGUAAUUACAAACCAGAAACUAAAAAGGCAAGGGAGGCUUCCAAAAGUCCAAGCAAUAAAUUGGAUGUUGACAUUGGCGGGGAACUCUCCAAGAAAUCACCUGUGGAAAAGAAAUCCCCACGAAAUAGAAAGAUCAGUGAAGAAUAUUAAAUCAGAAACAAAGAAACCUACAGCUACAAACAAAUAAUCGUGAAGUAUUUUUGUUUUCUGUCGGGAUUAAGGUUGUUAUAAAAAUAAUUAAGUUGAUUUUUGAUAAUAUUAAUUGAUUACAUUAUGUGAUAUUAAAAUAAAAAACUUAAUGGUUAUCCAAUUGUUUUAAUGCUUUCUUCUACCAGUUUUCUUUUUAGACUUGUCUUUACCAGGCUGAGAUUUUGUGUUCAUCCGACUUUUCUUUUGUUGAGAUUUCUUCUUAUUCUUCACUCUAUCCAAUUUACUCUUCAUUUGAAAUACUUUGCUUUUCUGAAUCUUUUUAGUAGCUUGUUUUUUUAGAAUUUUCUUUAUCUCUUUCUUAGUUUUAAUUUCUUUUUCAUUAUUUUCUUCCACAUCAGAUUCAUCCAUUCCAUUUUCUGUAUCAGAAGCCAUCCCUGGAAUGACUUGAGCAUUGUCUUUUUUAUUCUUAUCUGUAAUAUUAUUUUUUACUGUAGCAUCCUUAGGUUUAUUCUCCCCAAUAACUAAGUCUUUCUUCUGAAGUGUGUCUGUAGAUAAUUCUACUAUUUUAACAUUAACAUCCUCAUCUUCAUACUCUUCCUGUAACAGCUGUUCAAUAUCUGGAAUGGGGCGUGAAGAUACUACCAGUUUUUUAUAAGCUUCCUUGUUCUGAAAACCAGCAUUAGUUAGCGAUAAAUAAAUGUAGGUUGUUCAAUGUUCCUGAACGAAAUACGUUUAUUUUAGUAUAAAUUCAAGCAGUUUUUUACCUCUAGUUUUAUUCUUUUCUUUUCUUCUUUUAACAUACGUUGUAGUUCUUCUUGUGCUUUCUUCUUUCUCUCUAACUUCCGUUUACGAAACCCACAAAGGAAUUUCUUUUGUUUUCGUCGAAAACUAAAGUAACUUUUUUCUUUCGUUCUUGAUUUUUAUUUUUCCUUUUUCCCAUUUUGAACUCUUAUUAUAUGUACUUUUUUUAGUUAGGUGUAAAUAAACAAUCUCAAGUCGUUCCUCACGUUAACACUAAAUUCUAACCUCUAGAAAUUGUCAAUUUGACACAUGCUUU